GUGAGUUUAAUCAGGGUUGGAGUUGACCGGAUCUUGGAACUUUAAAACCCCAUUUUACAGCGUUUUAUGUUACAGCAACACGGUUAUUCGCUUUAGUUUUGUGCGCUUCGCUGUUUGCUCCUUCAGACGCACCAAUUCAGUGCAUUUUCCAGCAGAGAUCAUUGUGAGAUCGCAGGUCAGGAGGAUGACAGCUCGAGUGUAUUGCUCGUUGAUUGCUGUUUUGUAUUGUCUAUCCGGAUACUUGAGCACUACAGACGCUCUUCCAAGAAAAAACACAGUAAAGCCCGGAGAGUGUCCACCCCAAUUCAUCUGGAAUGAAAUCGUGUACCACGUCAUGUAAAAGUGACUCUAACUGUCCCAACAAUGAGAAGUGCUGCAGCAAUGGAUGUGGACAUUACUGUACAGCUCCGUAUACAGUGAAGCUGGGUCAAUGUCCCAAACCGAAGAUUCAAGCAUGUGCUGAAAGCUGUUUCCAUGAUGGCCAGUGCCCUGCCACACAGAAAUGUUGCCCAACCACCUGUGGUCAUGCAUGCAGUGAACCUCGUGGUCAGGGAAGUGGUUGGGGAAGUAGUCAAGGUCGCGGAAAUGUUAAAGUAAAAGGUCAAGGAAGUGGUCAAGAAAAUGAUCAGGGAAGUGGUCAAGGUCGGGGAAGUGGUCAAGUAAAAGGUCAGGGUAGUGGUCGGGGAAGUGGUCAAGUAAAAGGUCAGGGUAGUGGUCAAGGUCGGGGAAGUGGUCAAGUAAAAGGUCAGGUAAGUGGUCAUGCUCAGGGAAGUGGCUGGGGAAGUAGUCAAGGUGGUGGUGGUAGUGGUUGGGCAAGUGGUCCUGGUUGGGGAAGUGGUUGGGGAAGUAGUCAAGGUGGUGGUGGUAGUGGUCAGGGAAGUGGCUGGGCAAGUGGUCCUGGUUGGGGAAGUGGUUGGGGAAGUAGUCAAGGUGGUGGUGGUAGUGGCCAGGGAAGUGGUUGGGCAAGUGGCCAGGGAAGUGGUUGGGAAAGUGGUCCUGGUUGGGAAAGUGGUUGGGGAAGUAGUCUAGGGGGAAGUGGUCAGGGAAGUGGUUGGGGAAUUGGUCAGGGAAGUGGUUGGGAAAGUGGUCCUGGCUGGGGAAGUGGUUGGGGAAGUAGUAAGGUGGUGGUGGUAGUGGCCAGGGAAGUGGUUGGGAAAGUGGUCCUGGUUGGGGAAGUGGUUGGGGAAGUAGUCAAAGUGGUGGUGGUAAGGGAAGUGGUUGGGGAAGUAGUCAAAGUGGUGGUGGUAGUGGUCAGGGAAGUGGUUGGGGAAGUAGUCAGGGAAGUGGUUGGAAGUAGUCAAGGUGAUGAAAGUGGUCACUGAAACUUUGCAUAACACUUACUGGAGAUCUUUUCAAUUCAAUGCUUUAUUCAUAUGGCAUGUUCUCCCCCCACAAAUAAAGAAUAAAUUGCUUGAUUUGA